AUGGAACCCCUGCCUGACCCGAAGAAUGAUAGACAAGUGAAAGAAGUUGAACCCCCUCCAGCAAAGCCACUGAGUAUGGAGUUGCUGUACCCGAAUGGGCCAGAAGAGCCCCCAGACUACAAGGCGCUGAGAGAACACUUAAAGAAGGAGGGGAGGAUACGAAAAGAAGAUUGUUUAGAUAUAAUAAAGAAAGUAAUUGAUAUAGUGAGUAACGAGCCGAAUUUGUUAAGGUUACAAGAUCCAAUAACAAUAGUUGGUGAUAUACAUGGUCAGUAUUAUGACUUGUUAAAAUUGUUAGAAGUAGGGGGAAAUCCUGAUAAUACACAAUUCUUAUUUUUAGGAGAUUAUGUAGAUAGAGGAUCUUUUAGUAUAGAAGUUCUAUUAUUACUAUAUGCAUUAAAAAUAAAUUUUCCUGAUAGAAUAUGGUUGAUUAGGGGUAAUCAUGAAUGUAGACAGAUGACAACUUUUUUCAAUUUCCGUGAUGAGUGUGAAUAUAAAUAUGAUAUAGUAGUAUAUUAUGCUUUUAUGGAAUCCUUUGAUACAAUUCCAUUAUCAGCAGUAAUAAAUGGAAAAUUUUUAGGUGUACAUGGUGGUUUAUCACCUGAGUUAAUAUUAUUAAAUCAAAUAUGUUCAUUUACAAGAUUUCAGGAACCACCAAGGUCAGGUAUAUUUUGUGAUAUAUUAUGGUCAGAUCCAAUUGAUGAAGAUAAGGAAGAGCAUACUAUUAAAACUGAGUCUUAUUUCCCAAAUGAUGUAAGAGGAUGUAGUUAUUUUUUUGGAUAUAAUGCAGCAACUACAUUUUUAGAAAAAAAUGGAUUAUUAUCUAUUAUAAGAGCACAUGAAGCACAAUUAGAAGGAUAUAAAAUGCAUCAGACAAAUUUGAAAACUGGUUUUCCAAUAGUCAUAACAAUAUUUUCUGCACCUAACUAUUGUGAUGUAUAUAAUAACAAAGGGGCAGUUUUAAAAUUUGAGAGUAAUACUCUAAACAUUCAACAGUUUAGUUUCUCUCCUCAUCCUUAUCAUCUACCAAAUUUUAUGAACCUUUUUACAUGGUCAUUACCUUUUGUUAGUGAGAAAGUAACAGAAAUGCUGUAUUCCAUUUUGAACUCGAGUAUUAGUAACUCAGAUGAGGAUGGAGCUGUUAAUGAUAUUAUAUUGCCAGCGGAAGUCCUACAGAUUCUUAAUUAUAUUGAGGAAAAUAAUAAAAAGUUAGAAGCUUUAAAUUAUGCUAAUGCUGAUAAAAACACAGAUGAACAAUUUUUAAAUGAUGCACAAUCAUCACUCCAGGAUAAUCUUAGAAAAUAUGUAGAUAACAAUAUCUCUGGUAAUAAUGAUAAUGGUCAAAGUAAUGGUAACGAUAAUAUUAAUGAUAAUGAUAACAUAAAUAAGACAAAUGAUGAAGGACAAACUGCUAAGGAUAGAUCGGAUGCUUUAAGAAAAAAAGUUCAAUCAGUGGGAAGACUCAUGAGAGUAUUUAGAACCCUCAGAAAAGAAAAUGAGCUCAUUGUACAACUUAAAGGAUGUAGCCCAGGUUAUAGAAUACCCGUCGGUUUAUUGUUAAGUGGAAAGGAAGGAUUAGAAAACGAGUUGGAAAAAUUUACCAAAGUUAAACAAAUUGACAGCAUCAAUGAGAAGAGACCACCUAACGAGUAA